AUGGCAAAAGUUAAACCACUAGAGAUUUGCCAGAUUAUCUACGAGAAAAUGCUUCUUCGGAUACAAAGAUUCUUAUCUUCUUCCGAGGUUGACACACGUCAAAACCAUGUUGGCUUUGCCACCCUGCUACUGCUUCAAGCCAUUCCAACUCUGCACCAAAAAAAAACGCCAAGACUUGAAUCAAUUUUCAAAGAUGAGGCCAAAAAACGGCCAGAUAUAUGUUUCCACUUUCCUCUAAAGGCAGUCACAUGCAUCAAUAGCCCUAUGAAAGAGAGAGACUGA